ACUACAAGUAGUUCAGUACGUGAGACUUUGCAUGCUAGCACCCUGCAAGCCCUGGAACUACAACACCAAGGGGGGCAGGUUAGUUGUUACUGUUCGCCUCUCUCUGUUUCAACUCUUUGUUGGUCAAGGAGGACUUUUGUUCUCCAUCCCCGAUGGAGCACGGCUGACUUUUCACGAUCGGAACCCUCAACGACUGCGCCAAAGCAGAAAAGGAAUCGAUGACAAGAAAUUCCUGAUGCAAAACGAUCUUCUGGAUUCUUGAAGAAACAUGAUUUCCUGCAAAAUUCACCCAGGAGCCUGCAGAGCUUGGCUCACUCGUCUCUUUUCUUCCAGGCGACGUCCAGGCAGGAGCUCAGUUUGUCCACCUUUGUGGGCCCGCAGCCGGUGCCCCCUCUGGGUCAGACCCUGCAGGGCUACCUGAGAGGUCUGGAGCCCCUCCUGCCCCCUGAGGAGCUCAGCCACACCCGCAGGAUGGUGCAGGAGUUCGGCAGGCCCGGCGGUCUCGGUGCACAACUUCAGCGGGGCCUGGAGAAGAGAGCCAGGCACACCAAGAACUGGAUCUCAGACUGGUGGGUGCAGUGGGCCUACUUGGAGAGUCGCCUGCCAUUGCCUGUGCACUCGAACCCGGCCAUCUCUCUACCAAGGAGAGAUUAUAAUGGUUGGAGGGGGCAACUCUUGUUUGCAUCCAAACUGAUUGCAGCAGUGCUUGAUUUUAAGGCCAAAAUGAACACUGGCCAGCUGCCAGUGGAGUACAUGCGAGGCAAGCCGCUAUGCAUGGACCUCUACCCCCUGCUCUUCUCCUCAUGUCGCAUCCCGGGCCCCAAGCAUGACUACAUCGCUCAUCACGGCACCCAUCGCCGGUCACCAACACACAUCACCGUAGUCAGGAACUAUCAGUUCUUCCAGCUGGAGGUAUACAACAGCGACGGUUCCCGUCUGACAGAGAGUCAAAUCCAUGAGCAGCUGUUGAGGAUCAGGUCUCAGUCCUGGAAGACCGACAAGGAGCCGAUGGGCAUCCUGACCAGCGAACACCGCCACACGUGGGGUCAGGCCUACAACCGCCUGCUAAGAGAUAAACUCAACCAGGAAUCGGUGUGGGCAAUAGAGAAGGGACUUUUUUCUCUGUGUCUGGAUUCACCUGUCAUGAGGAUAUCAGAUGAGAAGUAUGCCAGCCGUAAAGCGGCUCAGGUCCUGCAUGGAGGCGGGACCUUCUCCAACAGUGGCAACCGCUGGUUUGACAAAACUCUGCAGUUUGUGGUGGGCGAGGACGGCUCCUGGGGUCUCCUGUAUGAACAAGCCACAGCCGAAGGUCCGCCCAUAGCAACCCUACUGGAUUACAUCCUGCACUACUGUGAGAAUCCCGACCCAAGGAGAGCGCCGCUGGUGCCCCUUCCAAUGCCCAAGAAGCUUUACUUCCACAUUGAUCGAGACAUCAAGAGAGACAUAGAGCACGCUAAGCAGAACCUUGAUAUACUGAUCAAUGACCUGGAUGUCAACGUCUUUAACUUCACGAAGUUUGGCAAAGAUCUUCCCAAGCAGCACGCCCUGAGUCCAAACUCCUUCAUCCAAGUGGCGCUGCAGCUGGCCUACUACAGAGUUCACAAUGAGGUGUGUCCCACGUGCGACAUUGCCUCUCAGAGGAUGUUUCGAAAAGGAAGGACGGAGUACAUCCGCUCGCCCACGAGCCAGACUCUUAAAUUCAUCCUCGCCUUUGUUGAUCCGUCUGUGUCGCGUGAAGCCAAGCUCCAGCUGUUCAGAGAAGCUGUUGAAGCCUACUCAGCUUUGACAACCCAGGUACUUAAAGGACACGGCAUAGACCGGCACCUUCUGGGCCUGAAGCUGCAAGCCAUCGAAGAGGGAUGGAGCGUUCCCAAAAUCUUCAUGGAUACCGCCUAUGGUCUGGCAACACAUUGGAAACUCCGAACAGGCCAGGUGCCUGCGAAUACGGACAGCGUGAUGUGUUUUGGGCCACUAGUUCCUGAUGGUUAUGCCGUAUGUUACAACCCACAGUUGGGCCAUGUCCACUUUUCUAUAAUUGCCUUCAACUGCUGCGAGGAGACAAAUGCAGAAAUAUUGGGUGUGACCCUGAGGGAGACCCUGUGCCAACUACAGGAGUUACUGGAACCUAGUCUGGAGAGCCAAAAUGAGACUCCCGGAAGGUGAAAACAAACAUGAUCUUCUAAACAUGUCAAACUGUUCAUGGAGAGUGGAUUGUUCUUAUGCAUGCCACUCGGUCUUAAGCAAGGUUUGCUUUGUUACUACAAAACUGCAAGCAUGGCAUUCUAUCUUUGUGCAAAAAGUGAAUCACUCCAGCAUUAAUCACAGCCAAAGCUUGUAUAUGUUGCACUAACCACCAUUAUGAAAUGAUUAUGUGGGGGAAAUCAUGUGUAGAUUAAUCACUUUGUUUAAAAUUUGGACCAAAAGAUGAAAAGAAAGGAUGUCACAAAUGUGUGUGGUGUUUCAUUAAAGGUUGUGUAGCUUCUGUGACCUGGUUUGUCAGGCGUGCUUAAUAAAGUUCAUGUUAUUGCA